AUGGGGAACCUGAGAUUGAAGGAUAACAGAGACGAAGAUUUGGCAUUGUUUCGGGAAAUGCGGAAGCGUGAGAAGGAGAGGAACAAUCUUCUUCUUCUUCAGAAUUCGGACGAGUUUGAUGCUCCACUUGGACACGGUGCUUCCCCAAUAUUCAAUAUACCUUCAGCGACACCUGCUCCUGGCCGAAAGACUGGUGCUGAUGAUUUUCUCAAUUCUGAUAAUGAUAAAAAUGACUAUGACUGGCUUUUGACACCUCCUGGAACUCCUCUGUUUCCUUCACUGGAGAUGGAACAACAUAAAACUGUAAUGAGCCAGCUUGGAACUCCAAAAGCUCGACCUACAACUCUGAAGUCUAGAAGGAACACGUCUCGUCCCAGCUCACCGACCAUCCGGCCCAAGAUGUGGAAGCCCUCGGAGAUGCCCGGGUUCUCGCUCGACGCCCCGCCUAACCUGAGGACAUCAAUAGCCGACAGGCAGCCAUCGGUCACGCGGGGUCGACCAGGGGCGCCGGGCCCACGUUCGUCUUCGGUGGAACCCGCUUCGAACGGGCGGGUCAGGCGGCAGUCGUGUUCUCCGGCGAGGGGACGUCCGCCCAACGGAGUCUCACACAGCAGUGGUAGCUCGGUACCCGUGCCGGCUGUGAACCGGUUGCAUGCGAAGGCGAACGAUAAUGUAAGCCCAGUUCUUGUCGGGACUAAGAUGGUGGAGAGGGUUAUUAAUAUGAGGAAGCUCGCGCCUCCGAGGAUGGAUGACAAGAACUCGCCGCGCAGCAAUUUAUCGGGAAAGUCUUCGUCCCCCGACAGCUCGGGGUUCGGAAGAACGCUUUCGAAGAAAUCUUUGGAUAUGGCUAUACGACACAUGGAUAUAAGACGAACUAUUCCUGGAAAUCUAAGGCCUCUGAUGACCAACAUCCCUGCAUCGUCAAUGUAUAGUGUUCGAUCGGGCCCACCUAGAAGGAACGUUAGCGCAUUGGAUUCACCAGUUGCAACGAGUAGCAACGCUAGCUCUGAAGUGAGUGUUAAUAACAAUGCCCUAUGCAUGGACGGGCAUGAGGUCGACGAUGAUGUGAGCAGCGAUAAGGGUAUUCGAUCACCUGCCAGUUUACGCGGGAGGUGA